CCGGUUUGUUAUGGUGCACACACACACACAUGAAGUUGAAAUUAUAUAACUAGAUCCUUUCGCUUUGAAAAAAAGUCGGUAAACAUUUUGUGUGACGUGUUCUUGAACUAUGCUGGCUCGUUGUCAAUGUAAUUUCCAGCAGAUGUUGACUUGUGGUUACAACCGAGAAGACAGUGCUUUAUAACAAUCUUAUCAACUUUAGUGAUGCACAUCUCUGUAUUGCUGUCCGUAUUCUUUUUUACUGUGCCGCUUUUUGCAGUUUUUGAAAAACAUGACCUGGUGGAGAACAGAAUGGAGUCACAUGCCAGACUGAGAAGGAUGAAGAGACAAGAUCAGCAAGUGGCUCUUGAUAGGUUUCAAGUGUUGCCUCGUAUUGGAAAUGGUGCUAAGAUUCAAUUUUAUUUUGCUUUGAUAGAGUUAACUAAAGAGCUGAAAACUUGGGAAAGUGAGAGGGGUUUCCAGCUAUCGCAGGUUUUUGGAUUUUUUAUGAUUUUAAACAUUAUUUCCGAAAUGCCCUUAACUGCAAUACUGAGCAACGUAAUCCUCGGCAAUCCUUUAAACGGAACAAUAGAAACCAAAUCGUUUACAAGUUCAUCGACAACCGCUGUUGUGUCUGCACAAGCACUUAUUGCAACAACAACAACUACAGUGUCUCCCACAACGACUGCUAUAACCAAAGCACUAACAACGACCACGACUUCGCCACCAUCGACGACAACAUCAAACUCAUCUUUGACAAAUAAUAUCGUAGAUGAGUUACUGGAUUUCUUUUAAGUCAUCGUCUUUCUCUUCUGUUCUACUUCUGUGUUGUUAUCAACUUACAAGAAAGAUCUUCCGGGUCCAGAGCUUUUCUUAGAACCUCUUCUUCCAUUGUUUAUCAAACUCAUCACUCUAGACAAACAUCAGUUUCUACUUUAACAAGCUUCUAUUAAUAAGAACGAGGUCUCUUUAAACUACACAUCUUCACUUUCCACGGAUCAUCCAAAAUCGUGGCGAAUCAAAGGCGCAAAAUGGGAUUGCUUUGAAUCCAGUUUCUUCGGCCAUCUUUCUCGCCUUAGUUUCGAGACGUGGCUUUCUUUAUUUUCUCGUUACUGGCACCAGUAAAUAUUUCUAAUUUUAUCUCAGUGAAUUUUUGGGCUAAAGGGUUCUCUUUCGAAGCCAUAACCUUCACUUUGAGGAUGAGAGUGUGUAUUUAGGUGUGAUAUCAAAGAUUGCUGUUCUUCUGAACGCUCUACUAUGCGAGUUUUUAUCCUUACAUAGAGAAAAAUAAAACUUCCCUUUUUCGAAAUGUUACGCCCUCUGGCUCUAGAUCGUUUAACAGUUUUGCUUUUCAAAUACUCUUUCUCGGGAAGAGCCGUGACGUAUAUUCCUCCACCAAUAGUUAACCCUAACAGUACUGCACUGUCCAAUGAAUGGAACAGCUCGUCACUGAAUUAACAAAAGUCAUUCUUAUAAAGUGUCGUUAACUUUUUGAUAAACAACUCAUUUAGCGUAAAAACAUGCUGAGCAAUAGAUGACAUGAUUAUCAAUAACUUGUGAUUAAAUUAUGUAGUUUACUUAAUAUACCGGUUUAACAAGCAGUAUUGAAAGUCAUAAAACAAAAACUUUUUAACAUUAAAACGUAAUGGAACCUUCGCUAUUAUCGAUGUUUUCGGCCAUAAUCCCAAUAACUUUCACGAUGUUCAACUAGUUAAGGAGAUUUAGGUUAACCUUAAAUCUUUAUAUUAAAGAUCUCCAUAAUUAACAAACAAAUAUAUCUAUUUAGUAAUAAUAAUAUAUAUAUUAAUAUUUUUAACCAAUAUUGUUAAAGAAAAGAUAAUUUUAAUAACAAUGUGCAUACAAUACUCAGGCUGUGACUUUGUUAGAAAUUUGUAUUUGGUGUUUUGUUCACAAUAAGAAUUAUUCCAUUUUAAGGUAAAGGUGUGUAUAACAGUAUGAAUAUAUAAUCGAAUAAAUUCACUUCUGGUAAAUACUGUAAAGUUAUGUAGUUAUGGAAUAAAGCCACUACUCGAACUUG